CUGGGCGGCCGGACCGGGCGGGACCAGGGAGGCUGCUUCCAUGGAGCGAGAGGAAUGCCAAGACCCUGCCCAGACAGACGUGGGCCAGCCUCAGCACCGGCAGCCAGCACGCAGAUAGCAGAGUCGUCCACGGGAUUGAACCAUGAUUCCAGUGACAGAGCUCCGCUAUUUUGCGGACACGCAGCCAGCAUACCGGAUCCUGAAGCCGUGGUGGGACGUGUUCACCGACUACAUCUCCAUCGUCAUGCUGAUGAUUGCGGUCUUCGGGGGCACGCUCCAGGUCACCCAGGACAAGAUGAUCUGCCUGCCUUGUAAGUGGGUCACCAAGGACUCCUGCAAUGACUCAUUCCGGGGCUGGGCAGCCCCGGGCCCGGAGCCCAGCUACCCCAAUGCCACCGUGCUGCCCACCCCCGGCACGGGCCCCACGGGCAUCAGGUACGACCUGGACCGGCACCAGUACAACUACGUGGAUGCCGUCUGCUACGAGAACCGCCUGCACUGGUUCGCCAAGUACUUCCCCUACCUGGUGCUUCUGCACACGCUCAUCUUCCUGGCCUGCAGCAACUUCUGGUUCAAGUUCCCGCGCACCAGCUCGAAGCUGGAGCACUUCGUGUCCAUCCUGCUCAAGUGCUUCGACUCGCCCUGGACCACGCGGGCCCUGUCCGAGACGGUGGUGGAAGAGAGCGACCCGAAGCCGGCCUUCAGCAAAAUGAACGGCUCCAUGGACAAGAAGUCGUCGACGGUCAGCGAGGACGUGGAGGCCACCGUGCCCAUGCUGCAGCGGACCAAGUCCCGGAUCGAGCAGGGCAUCGUGGACCGCUCGGAGACGGGCGUGCUGGACAAGAAGGAGGGGGAGCAGGCCAAGGCACUCUUUGAGAAGGUGAAGAAGUUCCGUACCCACGUGGAGGAGGGGGACAUCGUGUACCGCCUGUACAUGCGGCAGACCAUCAUCAAGGUGAUCAAGUUCGUCCUCAUCAUCUGCUACACCGUCUACUAUGUGCACAACAUCAAGUUCGACGUGGACUGCACUGUGGACCUCGAGAGCCUGACGGGCUACCGCACCUACCGCUGCGCCCAUCCUCUGGCCACACUCUUCAAGAUCCUGGCGUCCUUCUACAUCAGUCUGGUCAUCUUCUACGGCCUCGUCUGCAUGUACACGCUUGGGUGGAUGCUGCGGCGCUCCCUCAAGAAGUACUCGUUCGAGUCCAUCCGCGAGGAGAGCAGCUACAGCGACAUCCCCGACGUCAAGAAUGACUUCGCCUUUAUGCUGCACCUCAUCGACCAGUACGACCCGCUCUACUCGAAGCGCUUCGCCGUCUUCCUGUCGGAGGUGAGCGAGAACAAGCUGCGCCAGCUGAACCUCAACAACGAGUGGACGCUGGAGAAGCUGCGCCAGCGGCUCACCAAGAACGCGCAGGACAAGCUGGAGCUGCACCUGUUCAUGCUCAGCGGCAUCCCCGACACUGUGUUCGACCUGCUGGAGCUGGAGGUGCUGAAGCUGGAGCUGAUUCCGGACGUGACCAUCCCGCCCAGCAUCGCGCAGCUCACGGGGCUCCAGGAGCUCUGGCUGUACCACACGGCGGCCAAGAUCGAGGCGCCUGCCCUGGCCUUCCUGCGCGAGAACCUGCGGGCCCUGCACAUCAAGUUCACGGACAUCAAGGAGAUCCCGCUGUGGAUCUACAGCCUGAAGACCCUGGAGGAGCUGCACCUGACGGGCAACCUCAGCGCCGAGAACAACCGCUACAUUGUCAUCGACGGGCUGCGCGAGCUCAAGCGCCUGAAGGUGCUGCGGCUCAAGAGCAACCUGAGCAAACUGCCACAGGUGGUCACCGACGUGGGCGCGCACCUGCAGAAGCUGUCCGUCAGCAACGAGGGCACCAAGCUCAUCGUGCUCAACAGCCUCAAGAAGAUGGUCAACCUGACCGAGCUCGAGCUGAUCCGCUGCGACCUGGAGCGGAUCCCGCACUCCAUCUUCAGCCUCCACAACCUGCAGGAGAUCGACCUCAAGGACAACAACCUCAAGACCAUCGAGGAGAUCAUCAGCUUCCAGCACCUGCACCGCCUCACCUGCCUUAAGCUCUGGUACAACCACAUCGCCUACAUCCCCAUCCAGAUCGGCAACCUCACCAACCUCGAGCGCCUCUACCUGAACCGCAACAAGAUCGAGAAGAUCCCCACCCAGCUCUUCUACUGCCGCAAGCUGCGCUACCUGGACCUCAGCCACAACAACCUGACCUUCCUCCCCGCGGACAUCGGCCUCCUGCAGAACCUCCAGAACCUGGCCGUCACGGCCAACCGGAUCGAGGCGCUGCCCCCAGAACUCUUCCAGUGCCGGAAGCUGAGGGCCCUGCACCUGGGCAACAACGUGCUGCAGUCACUGCCCUCGCGGGUGGGCGAGCUGACCAACCUGACCCAGAUCGAGCUGCGGGGCAACCGGCUGGAGUGCCUGCCCGUGGAGCUGGGCGAGUGCCCGCUGCUCAAGCGCAGCGGCCUGGUGGUGGAGGAGGACCUGUUUAACACACUGCCCCCCGAGGUGAAGGAGCGGCUAUGGAGGGCGGACAAGGAGCAGGCCUGAGCGCCAGCACACGGCUGAGCUGCAGCUCGCCGCGGAGUCCUCGGGGGCCCCGGGACCCAGGGACGACCAGCCGGGCCUCGGUCGGGGCCGGAGCCUGGGGCUGGACGUCGGCCAGGCUGCAGCCACGGGACCGGGACCAGACCUGAGGGGCUGGCCCCUUCCCUCCUUCUGAGACUCACGUCCCCCAGGGCGGGCGCCUGUCGGGGAGGUCAGAGACCUGUCUUCGAGCACAGUAUUUGGACAAUCAGGGCCGCCCCCCUGGAGGCCGCCUCUGCGGGAGGCGGAUCCCCGGGGCUGUCCACUUAGCUCUGGUAUUUAUUUUUCUCCACUUCCCUUCCCCUCCCUCUGGAUAACUUCUACAUUCCCGACAAAGUUCAGCUCCGAUCGGGAGUAUGUAAGGAAGGGUGGGCAGUUUCCCUUUUCCUGUUUUGGUGAUGCCACCGGUAGGACCUCCCAGACUUGAGCAGAGGGGUCCAGGGAGAACCAGCCGUGACGGUCGCCCCAGCGGUGCUGGGCUGGGCUCUGGCAGUGUGGCCCAGGGGACGGCAGGCCACCAGGUGGAAAGGCCAGGCCUGGGGCUUGUCUCAUCAAUUUUAG